AUAAAAAAAAUGGGCUCCUCCGUCGUCAAUGAUCAGCUGUCCUCCUUCGCCCUGUGGACGCUUCGGAACUGUAUCCAUGGCAACUCCCUCUUCCGCUUAUCAGAAGCUUCUGAGCAUGGGCACUAAGAUCGUCGCCGUCGGUAGAAACUACGUUGCUCACGCCAAAGAACUCGGCAACGCCGUCCCAAAGGAGCCAGUAUUAUUCUUGAAGCCCACCUCUUCUUAUCUACAAAAUGGGGGUACUAUCGAAAUUCCCCAUCCAUUGGUGUCCCUGGAUCAUGAAGUGGAGCUAGCGGUCGUCAUCGGCCAGAAAGCUCGUGAUGUUUCUGAGGCAACUGCCAUGGAUUAUGUUGGAGGUUAUGCGCUUGGUUUGGAUAUGACUGCAAGGGAAAUCCAAUCUUCUGCCAAGUCUGCAGGUCUGCCCUGGACGGUGGCUAAAGGGCAGGACACCUUCACUCCAAUCAGUUCAGUUCUGCCCAAGUCAAUGGUGCCAAACCCUGACAACUUGGAGUUAUGGCUAAAGGUGGAUGGAGAAAUCAGGCAGAAGGGAUGCACCAAGGAUAUGAUGUUUAAGAUCCCAUUUCUCAUUAGCCACAUAAGCUCUAUCAUGACACUUCUAGAAGGAGAUGUCAUACUGACAGGGACUCCUGAAGGUGUUGGCCCUGUGAAAGCAGGCCAGAAGAUUACUGCUGGGAUAACAGGCCUUGUAGAUGUUCAAUUUGAUGUUAAGAAGCGUCAAAAGCCAGGAAAUUGCUAAGAUCAAAGUGAAAAGAAAACGUAGAACUUACAAAUGCCAUUCCAUUUAAUCUCGUACAAGCUUUCCAAUUUGCUAGGUGAGAUCUGGGUUCUUUGCAAAAUUGUCAGGUUAGGAGGCAUGUUUUCAAGCAUAUGGGUUCAUGGGUGAUACAGACACCGGCAUUAUAGUUAAUGAAGAUUUUACCACACCUGCUGGUGACAUGUUUCUGUGAAUCCGUAUUGCUAGAACUGUUCUAUUUAUCAGUAGGCGUUCUUUAAAAUCAAAUUUACAAAGAACCAUACGUGGUCGAUCAUACACUGCUACUCUGGGUAAUUCUGUAGGGACGCCUAUUGGUUUCAUGGAUAGUAGGUUGGUGGUCAGAAAGGUAAAAUGAAUAGUUUGAUUAACUAUUUGCAGAGAGAAUGUUUUUGUUAACUGUUAUAAUAACACUUCUCAAGACUAUUAUAGUAUUAGUCCUUGUGGUUACAA